GUGCUGGAUGCUCACGACGCUCACUGUUUUUCCAAUCGCAACGAUCGCAACAAAGCCGAAGCCACCCGCAAAGUGGAAUGGGUUUUCCGCAGUUUUGGAUCGGGAUAAGGAAGCUUGAUGUGAAAAUAGUGGAAAAAAUACUGAAUAUAGUGAUUGCAUAUAUUGUGCGUACUGUGAAACUGGUUAAAGAUGCAUAUCCCGUGUUCACCGGUAAAAUGAUCAACCUUGUCAAAUCCCUCAUAUCGUUUGCGCGACAAAUCGAUCCGCGUUCUCUCCAUGUUGCUCUUGUUAAUGUUGAACCACCGAGGGAAACACAAGGACCGGAAGUUGUCGCUUCAAAGCAAACACAUGAAAGGGAUGUGUCGCGAAUUUUACCUGAAAUUCAACAUGAUAAAGUAAUCCUUUCGAAGAGGGCUAAGAAAAAAAAUAAACAACAAAAAGCGGAAGGAAACCAAAAUGAACCCCCCGAGCAAGUUGAAACCGUUGAGACGAAAUCCGAAACGGUACGCCCUGAGAAGAACAGGUCGAAGAAUCGUAAAGGACCGGCAAAGAAACCGAAGGACCAGCCUCGAAAGGAAUUCGAAAAGGUUGAGGUUGUUCUGGAUGUAAAACGGGUUACCACGCUGGUUCGAUUCUCGUCCGAGCAGCACGAGAGUGAAAUCCGGAACCCGUGCCCUCUCUGCUGCACUUCGUUCAAGGAAAGCGCCCUGGAGCGGCACUUGGGGCACGUCCAUGGAACGAGGUGUUCCCUAGUUCCGCUUUUGUGUAGCGACAUCAGGAACCACGUCAUCUCUCGGGAAAUCUUCCAGCUGAAACUGGAACAGAAGUCUAAUCGCAAUGGAUCCACGUUCGUCUUCAAAAUCACAAACUGCGCCGCGGUAACGCUUCUGCUCAAAUCCAUCUACACUUCCGACGGCAACGGGUCGUUGUCUUCGAUCUUCGCCGGACCAGGGGUUCUGCGGAUGAAACCCGGCUUCUACUACGAGGACGAAAUCGAGGUGCAGGUGAGCGAUGAUUGUGUGCAGUCGCUGCUGGUGACGGUGAAUCCUAUCGAGGACGUACGUUUGCCUUACGACGUUGUGGAGCAGUACCACAUCAAGAAAGUGAGUGCUAAGCGCACUCGGAUCAAUGGGACACGCCUUAAUUUGCCGCGUCUUCCCAUCUAUGAUAUCCCAACUGCGGUUCGCAAGUUAAAUGAGCAUAAUUUCAAACUCCAAAGCGCUUUCUAUGGCCCCUCUGAGUACGAAGUAUUGUGCCGUUUGGAGGAAGCCAAGAAUCGUUCCUCGCUGACCGUCGGCAACUACUCCAAACAGGUUAAUUUGCUGAACCGGGUUGGGGCAGAACACGAGCGCCAUGAAUUCGAAAGUUACACGAUUGAUCGACCGAAGCUCGAGCUGAAAAAGAAAUUUAAGAAGCACAAGGAUGGCACUACAUACGAGCAAGCCUUGUAUGCUUUGUCGAUUGAUCAGUUUAAAAAUCCACCAUCGUUGAUCAACGAGGAUGUUCGCGUGGUGCUGAGCAUCACCAUAAAUCAAGUAAUAGAAGUGGUCCAAGGAAUUGUGGAGUACGUGGAGACGAACGCAAUUCUGAUUUUGUUAGAACAAUCUAUACCCGUUGCGAACGUUGUGAACAUCAGAUUCUUGUUCAACUCGGUUACCUUUCAGCUAGAGCAACAGGCACUUGAACGUUUGGCUGAGUGUCGAGCGGAGGUUAUACUUUUUCCAACCGGAACCGAUCCGGUACAGCAUGGCGCAGAAAUGGAAGAGCUCACAUCGUUCCAGUGGAUCAACAUCGGAAUAGCAUCCAACGAGGAGCAGAUGGUGGCCGUCCGGAACAUAGUGAAUCGUACCUCCUUCCCGGCCCCGUACGUUCUCUUCGGGCCGCCGGGAACAGGAAAGUCCUCUACCCUCGUGGAAGCCAUUGGCCAGAUAUACUUGCACCGUCCGCAGGCAAACAUGCUGGUGGUGGCCCCGUCGAACUUUGCGGCCAACGAAAUAACCAGUCGUAUUUUGAACGUUAUACCUGAGAAGCAUGUUUUCCGGUAUUUUUCUAUGAGGUGUAGACGUAAUGUGGACAACAUAGAUGAACAAAUUCUACAGGUUUCCAACAUGGCCGACAAGGAGUUCGAAUUGCCAUUCUACGAGGACAUCUAUCUUGCUAGGAUAGUGGUGGCCACGUUGGCCACCUCGGGCCGGCUGGUACAGGCCAAAAUCAAAGAAAAGCAUUUCAGCUAUGUAAUAGUGGACGAGUGCGGCAGUGCUAAGGAAAUAACGUCCCUGGUGGCCAUCGGAGGGCUAGCCACGUGUCAUGAUGAAAUUCACGCCAGUAUCGUACUUGCUGGUGACCCGAAACAGUUGGGCCCCGUCAUUCGCAACGACUAUCUCAAGGAAACCAACCAAAGCGUGUCGCUUUUGGAACGCAUCAUGACGUUAAACUUGUACGAGAUGAAUCACAACACCAAAGGGUAUAACAAUCGGUAUAUCACGCAGCUACGAGACAACUUCCGAUCUCAUCAAAAUUUGCUGAAUUUUCCGAAUAACGCCUUCUACGCUGGCCAACUGCGCGCAAAAGCGUCCCCCGAACUGACUCACUGGGCGCUGAAAUGGCCGCGCCUGCCUAAUCCGAACUGUCCGCUCAUAUUUCAUUCUAUCGUUGGGAAAACUCAGCGAGACAACAGCAGCUUCAGCUUGUUCAACCGCGAAGAGGCCGAGCUCGUUCUUGACUAUUUAGGCGAUAUUUUGUCGAACGACAUCAACGGCCGUCAGGUGGGACAAUGCGAUAUCGGUGUCAUAUCGCCGUAUGCAGCGCAAGUGUUGCACUUGAGGAUGCUAUGUAAGGACCGUGGUUGGCAAGAGAUUGAAAUCGGUUCGGCGGAACAAUACCAGGGCCGUGAAAAGGCCGUCAUCAUCUUAUCGACAGUGCGAUCCCGCUGCAGUAACGUUGGAUUUCUGUCCGACGCUAGAAGAUUGAACGUUACGAUAACUCGAGCUAGGGCUUUGUUGGUAGUCGUUGGGAAUCACAACACAUUGCAGUUGGACGACAAUUGGAAGGCUUUCAUCAGAUACUGCCAAGGCAGUAAGGCUUUCAUUGAUGGAGGAACGACAAUACUUACAAAAAAGAAUGAAGAACUGAAGAAACGCGAGCAGCGUACGAAGCCUAAUCCAGCUGAAAAAAUGGGCGGUUCAAGUUCACAGAAAGCUAAGAUAAGAAAUGCUCAAAUGAAAGGUAGCUCAGCUCAACGAAAACCAUAUGUGCCGACGAGCAAUUCUAAUUCGAACAACAAAUCUACAAAAUCCAAUUCGGCACUCGAAAAUCACAAGCAAUCGGGAAAAGUAGACCUUGAGAAAUGCGAUAAAAACUCCAAGAAACUGAAGUCGAUUCCUCGCCCGGAAGAUACGAAAAAAGCUACCAAGACAUCUGGAGGCAAGCAAGUGGUGAACGUAAACACCAAAAAACAGCAAGGUUCUACUCACGCUCAAACCAACAAUAAACCGACUAAACAGACACUUCCAACCGCAAAGGGGAAAACAAUUUACAACAGGCGUAAAUCGAAGCAAACCAAACGCGAAAAGAGUACGAAUAAAGCAAAACAGGAUGUGCAGACAACUGACGGAAAUCAACAAGUGGAUGAAGCAGUGAGAAAAUGCAACAUUCCGCAAAACCGGAGCGAAGAAUUCAAAGAUGGUGGAAGUUCCGGGCAAAGAAACGCAACCAGAGAAACGCUCAACCAUAGAACGAAGACGAGGAAAUUGAAGAGAGGAAACAUGGACGUGAACAGCGGACGUCAGCUGGAAACAAUCGUCGUAGAGGAGAAUAUGGCCCUUCGACCACAUUUAUCGAUUGACAUGAUAAGCAUCGAAAAGCGGCACCGAUGAAAUCGAGAGUUUGAAUGAACUUUUCACUGUAUUGUACUUUUUUCCCUAUAUUACGGUAAGUAAUACGCCUUUUUUACGCUCUGAAUACAACUAAUACCUACUAGAUAAGCCUUCGAUAAACUCCAUUAGUCAGUAAAUACAAUAGUCGAAGAACCUA